AUACCUGCCAUCCAGACGGAGGCUUUCCGUAAUGGCCGCAACCACUUGUUUGACAUUUUUGUACUGAACUCGCGUUUGGGCAUGUUUUCUUCCCUUUCUUGGGGGUGAUCCCGCCGAUUUUCAGCCAGAGAGCUAGCCAUGGAACCCACCUACCCUUCGUAGCAGGUGAUGAUUAGCGAACUUGUGGAAAGAAAUAAAAGUCAGACUCCUCUCAGCACCUGACCCUCCAGUCAUGAUGAGCGGGCGCCGUCGCAGGAAAGAGGAGGACAAACCGUUCUACGCGGUUCCACUCACCGACAAACCCACGCCGUCACAGAUCAUCAACGAAGCCAGACAGUCCGUCCGCACGCUCCGCACAAACCGACCGUUCACCCCGCGGGAGGGAGAGAGAAGACUGUUUGGUACCGACAGUGGGCGGCCCAAGGAGGCACGGCCGCCUUCUGCCUUCAGCCUUGGUUCUCGACAUUUUGAUGGCAGUGAUUCAAGACCAACAUCUUCUACAAAACUCUCACCUUUAGAUCAUAAACCAAAGCCAGUUCCUGACGAUGCCCUUCCGUUGGUCCCCAAGCCCCCAGCCAUAGACCUGGCCCGGCCACUGGCAGGCCGUUCUGUGGCUAGGCGCAUGGUGAAGGUCGGGAGUCAGGAUAACCUGGCUGACAGGGACCUGCGACAGGCUGUACUAUCAGAUGGUAAGCUCCCCAAACCCCCCCUGGAGAGAAGAGGUUCCCUGCCGCCCGCCCCCUCCCCCGUGGAGGGGGACGUCCCGGGCAGACGGGUGCACAGCGGGCCCAAGGAGAGAACCCCCGCCUCGUUCUACAUCGAGCGGACAGAGGCGGAGGGGGCUGAAGCUCCACCGCGGGUCCGCAGUGCUGGCAGUGCUCGCAGCAGGAGGAGACCAGGUGAUGAAGAGGCCGGCGGAGACGGGAGGACGGGGAGGGAGAGCGGGUACCACUCACAGCCAUCCUCUGCUGAGAGGAAGGAGGCACGGUCGGGCAGCGGCGGCCGGCGUGAUGAUGAGACUCCGGAGGAGGCGCUGUUCUGGAACACGAGUGUCCUCCCCAUCCUCACGGACAUGGAGGUCCACUCUAAAGAUAAGAAGCACCGUCUGCUGUGUGACCUGUGUGACCGUCUCUACACCACGUUAGACACGGCAGGGUUGUUGGGCCGUGCUGCCAAACGGCGCUCUGCCCUUCUCAAGACGCUUUACAAACUCAUCGACAUUGACGACCCCAGGGUCAUGCUCAAGCUGGCAAGACUUAUUUUAGCCCUGAAGGUGUCUGGUAAGAACCUGACGAACGUCUGUAAGUUGGUCUUCAAGAUCAGCAAGGAAGAGAAGAACGACAACCUGUUUGUAGAGGCCAAUAUUCUAGGUUUACUGGUGAGUGUGGUGCAGACAGCCGACCCUAACCAAUCGUGUGAGGCAUUGGUGUACUGCUGCGGAGCGCUGAAGUUCCUGUCAGGAAACGCGGCACUGAUGAAGGAACUGAGCGCCAUGAACUGUACUGAGGCUCUCGCCAAGCUGCUGUCCAGUGUUAACUCUAUGAAUGCAGAUUCCUCCAGACCAAAUGACCAGGCGGGACACUUGUUAGUUCAGGUGACAGCAGUUCUGCGAAACAUGGCGGACAGUUCCAGUAACCGUGACAAGUUCCUGACGCAGGGUGUGGUCAGGGAGCUCCUGUCUGUGAUUGGCUCGUACUACUCAGACAGCGACCUCAUGCUUAACUGCUCCAGAAUACACAGUAAACUGACCUUGAGUACAGACUGCUGUGUGGUGAUGUCACAAGACAAGACCUGCUUCAAGAACUACCUCAGACUGCUGCAGAAGUACCAGAAGAAGGAGGACCUCGUAGUGCGAGUGUUGUUUAUCCUGGGUAAUCUGUCGGCAAAAUCAGAGGAGGCACGACUGGCUCUGUUCCACCAACAUGGCUGCAUGGAGACACUACUGGGUGUGCUCAGUACAUUCCUGGACAUGGAUAUAAAGGCGACAAGUGAAGACGGAAAAGUUGUGGAUGGGGAGUGUAAAACUGGACCAAGUAAAACUGAAGAUGUCAUGAUUAAGCUGAUCAGAGUGAUAGCUAACAUGUCCAUCCACCCUGACGUGGGCGCCGCCAUCGCUGAGAACAACAAACUGGUCGACCUUCUGCUGCAGAUAUUAGGAAAUAAAAGCAUUGCCAGAUGUGAGGAGCUGGUGCUGAAUAUUGUUGCCACCAUCAACAACCUGUCCUACUACCCCAGCAAGAACAGCGCAAUCGAACAGAAACAAGUGCAGAUAGCUGAGAGAAUGUUGAGCAUGUUGAUGACAGACAACAUGGAGGGAAUUGUGGAGGCCUCGCGUGUGUACGGGAACCUGACAAGGUCAGCGGAGGUCAGGGACUACCUGGGCAGGAAGAAAGUUGAUGCCAUCAUGGUGACCUUGCUGGACUCCGGCAGUCGGGAGGUCGUCUUCACGUCCUGCGGCGUUCUUAUCAACCUGAUGGUGGACGAGAAGCGCAGACCGACACUCAAGGAGGAGGGCGGAGUCAAGAAGUUGAUAGAUGUCCUGCGUGAUUUUGGGCGUACAGACUGGGAGCUGGCCUCCAUGGUGUGCCAGACGUUGUGGAACUACAGUGAGAAAAUCACAUCUUCCAUCGACUGCUUUGGUGAGGAGGAGACCAACCAGCUGAUUGAACUUCUUUUGGAGUUUCUAGAGGAGGAUGUAGUGAUGAGUGUACCAGAGGCAUCAGACUGGGACAGAGAGAUGAGGGAGUACAUGCAGUCUGUAUGGAGGGACAGGUUCUGCCCUGUAGCCACCCAGCUGCUCGACAGGGUUGACUCACACCACACCGACCUUGAACCUUUGGAACCUCCCAGCGACAGUUGAUGUCCCUGCCCCCCUCCCACAUCGACC